GAUCUUGUUGUUUUUGUCAAGAACUUGAUGAGAAACUGUGUAUGUGCUGUUAGACAACUUUGCAGGGUCAGACCAAGCUUCCCCUUUACCACAACUUUUCCCCAUUUCCAAGGUUUUCUAUAAAGCUUUCUCUCUCUCUCUCUCUCUCUCUCUCUGGUAAGUCAAGUUUUACAAACUUGCUAAGAGUGUUUAAUUUAUUGAACACCUGAUGUGGGACACUUGUUACUAGCUGCAUUUAGGUUCUUACAUACUGAUUCUAUGUUCCAUUUUUGACUGUUGUAGGAAAAAUAAAGAAACAAGAUAAUGCAAGGAAGAUCAUGCGCUGAUGAUAAUGGAUCUUCAGAUAGCUUCUUCUUCUUGAGUGCCCAAACCUGACAAGAAAUCUCAUUGAAACACUUCAAUGUGGCUAAUGUUAGCAGUCACCAGCCGGUGAGGCGAGUUGGAGGGUCCAUUGUCGAUGAGCAGUAUCAAUUGUGUGGAAAACAGAGAAGAAAGAUAGAAUACACUGUGUGCUGGGCGCCUAAAGUAGAGGAAAACGGACCAUCAUGAUCUGCACGGAGUCAAACCACCAGCGGAUUUCGUUUGCUGGUGAUCUUGGCCAAUCCGAUAAAGGACCUGCUAUGGAACAACAACCAUCAGGCCCGGUUCGAAGAGACACUACUCUUUUAGAUUCAUCAAACUCAGAUUUCGAGUUCCACAUAUCAAGAAACUUUGAUCCUGAAGAUUCCUCACCAGCCGACGAGAUCUUUGCGGAUGGUAUGAUCCUCCCAGUCCUUCCUUUCCACGUAACCCCUGCAUCCGCCACACCAAAACGUCUCUACAAAUACGAGCUCCCUCCUAUCGUCUCUGCUCGUUCCUUACCCUCCUCUCUUCCUCUUCCGCCUUUACCAUUGCCUGAAUACUCGAGAAAAUACAGCGUGAAAGAAACUCGGGGAAGCGUUAAUGGUCGAGGGAGCGGUGUAAAUUCGGUUUUGGAGGCAGAGAAAUCAUCAAAGUCGUUUUGGAGCUUCAAGAGAAGCUCAAGCCUCAACUGCGAUAUAAAGAAGAGUCUGAUAUGUUCGUUUCCUCGGUUAACGAGAAGCAACUCCACAGGAUCAGUAACAUACUCGAAGAGGGAAAUGCUUAGGGAAAUUAACAAGCAUAGCUCGCAGAGACAUGGAGUCCCACGUCCAGGAACAAAUCCGUCAUCUUCUCCUCCACCUCUCUGCUGCAGCUCGUAUCAGUUCAGGCCACAAAAACAAGCUAGAAAGAAUGGCGGCGGAAGGGGAGGAAGUUUUUGGAUUGCUCCGGUGAUCGGUGGUCCAUCUCCUUUCGGGUUAGGAUCCAUCUUACGACUUACAAAAGAGAAGAAGAAGUAAUAACUGUGUGUUUUUUUCA